AUGAAAAUUGAAGUGGUAUCGGCGCUACCGCACUCCACAGUCCAUUCGGCAGUUCUCUCGCGUCGUCACCGCUCCGUCAUCUGUGCAGGUCCUUAUGAAGUGCUCCCGUUGGAAAAUUGUUACGAGCCGCUUCCAAGUACAUCGACGCUCUGCGAGUUCCCAAUAGAAUGCCUUCAAUUAUCCACAGAUGAACGAACGAUCGGAGUUGCAACGAAUUCGAUUCUGAAAGUUGCAGAUAUAAUGACAGGGAGGGAAGUACGAAAUCUAACGGGACAUACACUUCCUAUCACUUCGGUGGCUGCCAGCAAAUUCAGUCCUUAUUGUUGGUAUACCGGUUCAUCAGACUGCAGUUGGACACAAUGGGAUACGAGAAUGCACCAGUCAAAGAUCUUCGGAUCCAAGUCGUCUGGUGUUGUUCGAAGUCUUGCUUUGUCACCUGGAGAUCAUUACGUAGCUGUUGGAACUGAUGAAACGAUACAAAUAUUUGAUGCAAGACAACGGGAAUACAUAAAACAAUUCAAUUGUUCCGGUCACUCAUUAGAACUUCAUCCAAGCGACGUCCUUCUCUCAGCAGUUGGUCAUGACAGGAUAGUACGAUUCUUCUGUUUGGAAUCUUUCGAACUUAUUUCACAAUCAGAUCCAUUUUUAGAUGAUAUUCAAGCCAGUGCAUUCGAUACCCACGUCAUGAUAGCAGCUACAAACGAUUCUAUAAAUUUACUCACCUGGGAGCCAUGUUGUGAUGUUUUGACUACAGUACCGUUGAAAAAUGUGGAGAAGGUCGUCAACGUUAAUGCCAACGGUCUCGAUUUAGACUUUAUUUGCAUUGGAGAGAAUACAGAACGUCUAGAAAUGAGAUCAUAUGCUAUCGAGGAGCUUCUUUCCUACUCACCGAGUCAUGAAUUGUGUGGAAGUAUUUAUGAAGAGGAUGAGGAUGUCGACACAGCUGAUCUUUCGCCAAUUGAAGAGUCACAACCUCUUCCUGAGUUAUCCGAGUUGCCUCCGCGAUCUCCGAUGAUGUCAUCAGAAGAGACAGAAACAUCAGCAUCUCCAGUGAAUAGUAGCAAUGGAAGCAGUCAUUCUAGUCCUGCUAGUCCUGCGAAGCCGGCACCAGUCAAACAACGCUCAACAUCUCAAAAAUUCCCGAAAUCUCCAGUCUCUAGUUCUUCAAAGUCAACCACGUCGUCAUCUUCCAAAACUCUCAACACAAAAACAUCCACAUCUCGAUCUGUAACCCCAGUAUCCACAAAACCACCAGCUACCCGACCAACUUUUGGAACUGCAAAAAGUGUUAUAGUGUCUAGUAGGCCAUCAUUAAGUGGCUACAAUCGAGGAGGAGUUGGGAAUGGAGCAAAUCCAUCGCCAUCGAUGUCAGAUUUGAGAACGACAAAGAGUAUUGCCGGAUCAACGCAAUCAUUACUCAGUGAACGGGGACCCAAGAAAAGAUCAACGUCGAGUCGUCGAAACCAAGAACCCAUCACCAUCACCUACUUGGGUCGCCCACGAACACCUAGUGAAGGUGACGUGGCGAACUCGGUGACGUCAUCAACAUCCCGAAACCGUCGUCCGUCUCCAUCGGUUGCCAAGAAGACAUCUCCCCCUUCCAUCUAUGCGAUAACCUCUUCACCAGCAAAAAAGUUGUCGACAUCAGCGGCUCCUGUCAAGAAGCAGAACUCCACCUCAUCAGUGACAUCGACGUCUUCAAAUCCGAAAGGAGCAUGGGGUUCUUGUAUAGAAACAGUUCAAGAUAUUGGUGUGGUUGCGAAGAAAGAGAAUAGAAAUAUUCGACGGCUGAAAUUAUUGACAUCAAGAAGACAGAGUAAUGCAGAUGUGCCUCCAGAAGUGUGCGCGGAUGAGCAGUUGGUUCUUACAGCUACCAGAAUUCUGAAUAGAAGAAAUGAUUGGUCCUUGAAUACGUGUCAUGCAUAUUUGUCAGUUAUAAUAGACAACCUUGCCAGUGUGGACAGUACAAAUCGAGCAAUUGCACAAGAGGGCCUCGCAACGAUAGCCGACACGUUGACUGAACGAUUGAUCAAGUUUUCAAGCAUCAAUUCUCACAAAAUUGGUGUUGAUAUAGCUGCCGAGGAGCGUUCCGAAAAAGCUAAAGUUUGUGUUCAGCACCUCCGCGAAUUGGUGAAGAAACGUGACUGGCUGUAUAAACAACUCGACGAGGAGUCCAUUUUUAAAUUGGAUCCAAUUUUAGAACUACUCAAAAAAGUUUAG